CAAGGAUCCGACAACAGAAUGGUGCGCGAACGCUCAGUACUAUCUAUUCGCCUAAUGAAACCGUCCAUACACUCAAUGGAGAUAUCCUUCAGCUGUUCCUGCGCAUGACCAUUUCGGAGCAGCAGACGUUAGUGCGCGACGAAGAUUUUGAUGCGCUUGAUUUGAAGGCAUAUCCAGCCAAUCCAGCUGCGACCUAUCCUGCGAAUUCAUCCAGCAUUGAAAAAGUCACCAAUAUUCUCAUGAAUUUACAAUAUCUGUAGAGCCAAGCCAAUCACCAUUAUCUCUGAACAAUGAGAUCAAUAGAGAAAUAAAAAGGUAUCUACACUCCAGAUGGCGCUUGCCACGAACUCCACUGGCUUACUCAAGUUUUACAUGCAUCUCCUCCAUUACUAUUUCAAUUGCUAUUUCAUACUUCAAGCUCGAGCUUGCGUGUUCUGGGUGGACAAUAUUCAUUUUUUUUUUUUUGGUAAUUCAUUUUUUGCAUCAUUUGGUUUCAUCUACGUGGUAAUAGCUACAUUGGAUGGAAACAAAAUAAAUGCAAGAAUAAGAUACAAAAGCGUAACAAUUCUUGGGAUAUCACAUCUUUUGUGUUUGGCGAUAAAAAAGCAGUGGGAUGUUUAAGGGUAGGUGAUAUGAGAGAGCUUCUAGUCUACUUAAUGGUGGUGGCCGCCCUCACGUUCAAAUC